GACAUAUGUUUCGUGCGCAUGUGUUUGUAGAACUUUUUUUUUUCGUCUACUAGUCAAAAUCGUUCCUUGAUGCAAAAUUUUAUUUUAGUAGUGCGUCGUCAAAGGUAAUCAUCAUAUUAAAUAUUGCAAAACAAAAAUACUUAAUGUGCAAAUGCAGUGUGUGAAAAUCGAUCAGUGAAAAAGGGAAACAACAAUUUUAUCAAAUAAAUAAACGGAAUACACACAAGUCGGUAUACCGAACAGAAAAAAAAACUAGAUCUCGCUCAGUUUGUGUUUUUAUUCGCAUUAUUUUGACCGUGAAGCGUUUUUACACUCUCCACUUUACCUGAAAUAAAUACACCAGGGAAAUACACGAGCGUACUGUAAUAAUGUGGCAGCAACAAAAGUCUUUGUUGCUUGUGGGAGCCUUUUCAGUCGGAGCGGUGCUUAUUCUAUCGCUCCAAAUACGACCAUAUGGAUUGUUGUUUUCAAUAUUACUGGCAUUCUGGCUGUACAAAACUCGCUGUCCAAAUUUUAAGUUAAUUACCCCACCAACGAUCACAAAUUGCGGUGAAAAUUUGUAUCACGACUAUCUAGAAUUUAAGCAAAGACAACCCAGAUUAUGCUGGAUAUACACCAGCAGUGUGCUAGUCGCUCUGGCUGUUCUCGGUCACAUAAUAUCGGGAAAAACGAUUAUCGUGUUCGGACUGCUUAUGGCCACAUUGAUAUUCUCGAAACACAAAUUUACGAUCGAGACGGUGCAACAAGAGGAUGAAAGGCUUUGGGCGUCACAAACCACCGACGUUGACGAAUUUCUGCCCGAUGUUAACGAGUCCAAUUUAUCACUGCUCCAGCAUGCUGGCGACGAAGCCGUUAUAUUACACUCAAUCACAUCGCCGCUAAACGACGACGAAGACAAAAGUGACGAAAUCCCAUCCGAUUUAAUAAUACCAGAUUCAUUGCCGGAAGUUGACGAACAGACUGAUUCCAGCGACGAUGAGUGCUUGAUUAGCCCUGCAGUGGCUUUUCCAACACUAAAGUCCCUAUCGAAUCAAGAAAUUGAGUUCAACAGCCGCUACUUUAAGGACACAUCAUCAUCGUCCGAUGAGGAUAGUAUAUCGAAAGGAUUGACAUUUAACGAUUAUAGUAUCGUAGACGGUGCACAGCGACCAAAUGAUAAUAAAAUAGAAAAUUUAUCGGUUGAUAAAGUUGAUAGCCAACGAAGUACGAUGUUCUCCAUUCCGACCAUGAUGGCAGACCUAAUGUCAAAUCUGACGAAAAGUAGCAAAGCUACGUUCGACGUGGAUAAAAGUAAAAGUUUGCCGAAGGGUCCCGAUAAGCAACUCGCAUCGGAAUCGUCCGAUGAAAGCGAAUUCGAAAUUUUGAGCACCGACGAACUUAACAUCAAUUAGGAGAGCUUCUUUAAAAAAAACUAUUUUCAAAUCUUGUUGUGAAUUGUGGCUGGGAUUAGAGAGGAGAAGAAAGGAGUCUAUUUCGCCCGGCAAUUUUUAUUUUUUAUUUCAUUGAUGAUAUCGUAGUAGACCUAUUUUGUGGCAGUAAUAAAUGUGUAAAUUUGAAAAUGUAAAUUAAUUAAUGAACAUUUUGUAUAAUUGAUUUAUUCACUUGUAAAUGAUUUUGACAUGACUUGAUGUCCAUUUUUGGUAUAAAAAUAAUCGGUCCGCAGUGAUGCAAUAUUCUUCUUUCGUUUGUUAAAGCGAUUUCGAAACAUUUUAAUCAAAUUUAACAAUAAUAUGAAGGACGUGUUCGGAA